GCCCUUUAGGACCACAGCGGCGACCUCGGGCGGCGGGCGCGUCGGCCGGGCAUGGCGGCGUGGAGCCCGGCCGCGGCGGCGCCUCUACUCCGCGGGACCCGCGGGCUUCCUCUUCUCCACUGUGCCAAGCGGGUGUUUGCCUCGCAGACCGAGGGGGAGCUCAAGGUGACCCAAAUUCUCAAAGAAAAGUUUCCUCGAGCUACAGCUAUCAAAGUCACCGACAUUUCAGGAGGCUGUGGGGCAAUGUAUGAGAUUCAUAUAGAAUCAGAAGAAUUUAAGGAGAAGAGAACUGUCCAGCAGCACCAGAUGGUAAAUCAGGCACUAAAAGAAGAAAUCAAAGGCAUGCAUGGAUUGCGGAUAUUUACCUCCGUCCCCAAACACUGACCACACCCUGGCUGCGUAGAUGCUGCUGCUAAAUCUUGGAUGAAUCUGACUGAUAACCAUUCUUUCAUAGGCAUCCGACAAAAAUUUUAUCUAUUUUGCUGAUAGACAUUUCCAUAAUAUAAUUAUAGAAUAUGUUAUCUAUUUAGAUGUUAAUUAAAGGCAACAGACAACUAAAA